CCCAACUGGUUUGAAAGUCCGGUUAUUCAUUUAGGAAUGCAGUGUUGAUUACUGCAUCGGGACCAGGGUCCUGUGCUCCGCUCACUCGUCUUACCGACGCUUUAAAAUCAAGCUGUGGAGUUGUUGAAGAUUAGCAUUGCUUGCGUACGUUGCUUUAUGACUUUAGUCGCGGAUUAAGGUCAGUGAAGUAGAGUAAACAGAUUGCUUAGAAAACAAGUAACCAAGACUAAAAUCAAGACACCAACAACACCCGUCCAUCAACAUGAAGCUGAGUUCCUCUGUGUUUGCUGCGUUCUGUCUCAUUACUGAGUUAGUCGGCAUUGCCCUUUUCUUAAGGGGUUUUUUCCCAGUUCCAGUCAAGUCUUUUUUAUCAUCAAAGAGCAAAUUAUCGGAUCUGCCAGCAGAACCUGUAGUAGGAAGUAGCCCAAACUCAACCAAAGUGCCUCCUCCACUAUACAACAAAGUGGUCAUUGUGUUGAUAGAUGCUUUAAGGGACGACUUUGUCUACGGGGCCAGUGGGAAGAGGUUCAUGCCCUACACCAGGAACCUAGUAGAGAGUGGAUCAUCUUAUAGCUUCAUUGCUAAAGCCAGACCUCCUACCGUCACCAUGCCCAGAAUCAAGGCUCUGACUACAGGCAGUAUUCCCGGCUUUAUCGACGUGGUAAUGAACCUGAACUCCCAGGCUCUCUUGGAGGACAACCUUCUCUGGCAGGCCAAGAACUCCGGCAAAAGGAUCAUUUUCUAUGGUGACGACACUUGGGUGCGGCUCUUCCCCAAGCACUUCGUAGAGUACGAUGGCACGACAUCUUUCUUCGUCUCGGACUACACUGAGGUGGACAACAACGUGACACGUCAUCUAGACAGCACACUAAAGAGAGAUGACUGGGACAUGUUGAUCUUGCAUUAUCUGGGACUGGACCACAUAGGACACAUCAGUGGACCACACAGCUCUCUAAUCGGGCCCAAACUCCUCGAGAUGGAUGAUAUCAUCAAGAAAAUCCACCUCUCCCUUAUCUCGACGCAGGAGGCCGAGGGCACGCUGCCUAAUUUGCUUGUGCUGUGUGGUGAUCACGGCAUGUCUGAGACGGGCAGCCACGGAGGAUCUUCAGAGCCGGAAGUCAACACUCCACUAGUCCUUAUCAGCCCCGCCUUCCCAAAGAAAGGGGGCAUGGGUGAGCCAGCUGUAGUGGAGCAGGUGGAUUUGACCCCUACACUUGCACUGGCUCUAGCACUGCCCAUCUCGCAGAACAGUGUGGGGCGCAUGAUUCCGGCUGUGUUCGAAAAAGCUCCGCUCAGAGAGCAGCUCCGUUACCUUCAUCUCAAUGGCCAUCAGCUUAGCAACCUACUGCGGGACAGCAACCCCAGCUUCCAUAAGGAGGAUGGGUACGAGCAGUUUCGGGUGGCAGAAAAAGCCCACGGAAGCUGGAUGAAGCUAUAUGUUGAGGGAAACACAUCUGAGGUGCUGAGCAACAUGGCAAAAAAAGUGCUCAAGCAGUACAUGAAGGCUCUGCAAGCCAUGAGCGUAGCCCUCAGUAAGCAGCUGGGCAAAUACGACAUAUACUCCAUGAUGGUGGGCAUGAGCCUCAUAGUGCAGAUUCUGGUGCUGCUGCUGUUGGCCAUGCCAGAGGCUCUAAGCGGUGCUGCAUUUGUGGACAUUCCCCUGACAGCCACCUUCCUCGCUCUACCCUUCUACCUUCUCAUCCUGCUGGGUUCUGCUGUCCAUGUGCUGGUGUGUACUUCGUCUGAGGCCUCAUGCUACUUCUGCUCACUGCCCUGGCUCCUGGUCUUUGCUGCCAUCAUCUUCUCUUCAGCACUCUUUUGUUCUUUGGUGGCCAUGGCAGCCAGACGUGCACGCAAAGUUGAUAACAAGCAGCCCAAGAUCUCUUCCUCAGAGUGGACUCUGUCUGAACUGGACGUCCUGCUCCUGAUUGGAACCAUCGGCCACACUUUUAGCUUAGCCUCCAGUAGCUUUGUGGAAGAGGAGCACCAGACAUGGUAUUUCCUGCUCAACACGCUUUGCCUGGCUGUCUUCCAAGAUGUCUGCAGGAAGUACUUCAGGGAAAAGCGACGCCAAGCCGGGGACGAGGAGGAAAGUAUUCUCUUGCCUUCUACCAUGGAGGAAACGGCUGCAUCUUUCUCUCCGGUGGCUGAGCUGGGGGUCAGCGCGGACUCUGAGAAGUGGUUCGCCCUGGCCACGCCGCUCCUCACUCUGGCAUGCUGUCGAAUGCUUAGGUCACUAAACCAGACCGGAGUGCAGUGGGCACAUCUUCCUGACCUGAGCCACUGGCUUAACAGUGGAGAUCAUAAGGUCUUCCUGUCUCUGCUAUCUGUACUUUCUCUGCUGCUGAUUUUCCUGCUGGUUCAGCGACACUGUUCAACGGUUUCUAAGAUCGCCCUGGCCCUUGGUCUGCUUGGAGUUUACAGCUACCGCGCUGCCAUCGGCAGCGUCCUGUUCCCCUGGCAACACUCAGCCCAACCAGUGUCAACGGGAACAGGUGAGGCGCACUUCGUCUAUGUCUUCGUCCUUGGGAUUCUUUUUACUGGCGUGAAGGACUUGCUACGAUCUCAAGUGAUGUCAUCAGUGGCGGACGGGAGACGUUUGAAGAGUAUGGGAUUGUGGGAGGUGUACAGUGGCAUGGUGCUGCUUGUGGCACUGCUGUUCCGGGCUCAUAAUCUGCCCACGCUGGCAUGCUGCCUGCUCAUUCAGACCAUUAUGGCUCAGUUCAUCUGGAAGAGGCUGCACUAUGAUGCCGCCCAGACCACCAUUAUGCACUACUGGUUCGGACAGGCCUUCUUCUUUUUCCAGGGGAACUCCAAUAACAUAGCGACGGUGGAUAUCUCAGUGGGCUUUGUGGGACUGGAGAGCUAUGUGGAGGCUCCGGCUGUCUUCCUUACAGCGUUUAGCACCUAUGCAGGUCCGCUGCUCUGGGCCUGCCAUUUGGUGUGUUACCUCAGCUCAGAGAAAGACAGAACGGUGUCUCUCGGCCAUAGCAGCUACUGUUUCGCCCUGAUGCGCUCCAUCCCUGCUGUGUUCUACGUAGUGCUGGUCACUGCACUGCGCUACCAUCUCUUCAUCUGGAGCGUUUUUUCCCCUAAGCUUCUCUAUGAGGCUAUGCACACACUGGUCACGACAGCUGUGUGCGUCUUCUUCACCUUCAUGGAUCAGAAUCGAACACGUAGACCAUGAAACACCUGAGCAAAAGCUCUCACUUCCAUCCAGUCGAUAACUGAGAGGAGGAUCAGCCAAAUAUACGGAGGACAGGAUCUGAUGGAGAGGCUUGUCACAUGAAGAUAGGAGCUCACUAAGAUGAAAAAGAAGAUGAAGGAUGGGUGAAGGGAUGUUUCUGAUGUCACGCCAUUGCGACAGGAUGGGGAGGGUGGGGAGCAUGUGAAAAGACAGGGUGAUGAAUAAGAAGGGAGGGAAACUCCAUGUUGCAAAUUUAAACCAAUACGGGCUCAGUACUCAUCAGUUAGUUGCGAUCACAUACUAUAAAAUAUACACAAUUUUUCUUCCCUUUUAAUUUGAAUAUGUAGCACUUUGAGAUUUGUAAAAUAUAAAGUGCUUUAUAAAUAAAAUUUAUUAUUAUAAUUAUUAUUAUUAUUAUUAUUAUUAUUAUUAUUAUUAUUAUUAUUGUGUCUGGUUUGCUUUAGAGAAGAUAAAUAAGGUCUGUUUUUAAUUUGUUUUUGUUUUAAACAUUUAUAACGGUUGUUUUUUUUUAGGGAUAACAAAAAGCACACAACGCAGCUAAGCUAAGCACCAUUCAGUUACUCUAUUUAAAUAUAUAUAUAUAUAUAUUCAUCAGAAAGUAUAAAACAAUUUCUCCAAUUUAAAUUAAAAGUACUACAUUUAAAUACUUUAUAAAGAACUAUGACUUCAUAGCAGCUAUUUAAAUUAUAAAUGCUUCAAAUUUGCUAUUUGACAGUCUGUGUAGGUUCUGAAUUAUUUAUGCAAAGAUCCUUCAAUUGGCAUGUAGAUCAGAUUACUUACAGAUUAAAUAUGUUGUAUCUGGUUUAAUCUUAGUUUCAGAGUUCAGUCACUUCACUAAAUUGAACUUAACUUGUUCUUCAUCAAUUGCACAUACUCUUGUGUGCCCACAAACAGUACUGUAGUAUACUGUAGUAUCUCAUUUCUGUUGACUAUGCUUGGCGAUGCUGCUCUGCACACUCAGGUCGGAUGCCCUCACGCUGCUUAAACGUCAUAAGAUGUUUUAUUAGGUUAAUGUAUUGUAGGAAGCUGCAUACAUAUAAGCAUGCAAGUAAUGGUACUGGACCCAAAACACAUUGUGUUGAUGCAUCCCUUUUUUUCCUCAGGUAUUUAAUUUUUCUCUCUAUCUUCAUUAUCAGACAGUUUAAUUAUUAUUUUUUUAUUCUGAUUAUUUUCUGUCUAUUAAUGGGGAUGGGUAACUGAUCUUUUUUUAGCUGUUUUUAUUUAUUCCUUUUUUUUUUUUUUUAAUGGAAAAGUCAUACUGGACCCUCUAUUCAAACACUGCCCGGCCGAAGUUAUUUUUGACCGUCAUUAGCUUUGAUUACGCCACCCUAUGUUGUGGCCAGGUCAUGUGUGAAAAUGAUUCCUUAUGCUCCCAAAAUUACUCACACAAUUUGAGUCCUGGAAUAUUCUUGUGCCAUCAGAGAAGAAAGAGUCCAUUGGUGUGAUAACCUGGUCAUUUAGUACAUUCAGAUCAUCAGCUGGUUUCAUUUUAACACCACAUACCAUCACUUCAUGCACUUCCCUUCUGGUCCUGAUGCGGCUAUCACUCUUGUUUAGAGUCAGUCGUGACUCAUUAGCCCAUGUGAGACCAAUCUUUAUGUUCCCUAGUAAAUGUAAGCCUUUCUACUAAUUAGUCUCACGAACAAGUGGAUUUUGUAUGGCCACACAGCUGAUCUGUGUUGUUUGUAUGAAAGUGCUCUUGUUAUCACUAUUAAAUAUAGCUGUCAUUUCUACUGUUGAUUUUUUUUUUAACUAUGCAACUUUAAUUUCUACUGGAUUUUAUAAUUAGUUUACAUUUAACCUUGAAGCGCUUACAUGUAGUUUCUGAUAACGCAUUCCUUUUCCUGACCUUACUACAGGCCUGCCGAUAGGCAUCAGUGGCAGGACAGUGUGUGAGGACCCUCACUCUGCUUAUCAGCUCUUUUCAGUAGCUGAGAGGUUGAUUUUCUAAUCGACUGCCCUGCCAAAUGGGCUGAACUCUCCCAGGAAUUGGGGAGCGGAACAUACACACACAUAUACACACACUGUAAGUGACUUUUAGUUUCCCGUAUGACUUGUAGGAGUCUGCCGGUUUAGAGGGUAAUGAGUUUAGGGGCUAAGUUUAAAUGCUUUAAGACUGCAAGGUGUGAUAUGGAUGAGAUAAGAUCAAUGGGAAUGCUCAUUUAUAUCCUAAAAACCAUAUCAAAUUCCGUUAGCCCUUCCAGAACCCACGAAACAAGCUCAAAAGCUCUUCUCAUCAAUAUCACACCUUGUAGUCGUGUAUGAAAGCAGCCAACACAAAAUAAACCAAUCUGUUGGCUGCUUGAAGGUAAUUGUCAUUUACAAAUGAGCCAACAAAUACAAUUUGUGAUUGUUGACACUUCAUAGUGGCUGAAAAACAGUUCUGGCUAAAACUGAAAACUAUUCUUCAAUCUAUCAUACAGUGAUGUCCACGAAUUAUUAGACAUUGACACGUUAUUCUCAUUUUAGUGUCUCAUUAUUUUAUUUUAUUUACCUGCAGUUAAGCAGAUUAAAGGUCUAAAGUGUGGCAGUUGCAUUUGGAAUUUUGUCAAAUAGGAUCCAUUCAUUGGUUCAUCGGUCCGACUAGAUUGAGGACAGAUGAGACUUAAUACAGUUUGUACCAGCGUGAUGGAAGGAGUGGAGUAUGGCAAAGUAACUGCUCAUAGUCCAAAACCUACUACUUCAUGCUAUGACAUGAACAUACUGUACUGUAUAUGCCUGCCAGUUCCCAUCUAUUUACUGAUAAUGUGACUGCUGGCAAAAAGCUAAAGGAUUAAUUUAAUUCUGUGUAGGGCUUAGAUUCUCCGCUUUGUAAGUAAAGCAUGUCUGUUGUACUGUAAGUCAAAGAAGGGGAAUGUUGUGCAAUAGCCAGGUCAAUCACCAAACCUAAAUCUAACUGAGCAUGCAUGCCAAAUACUAAGGGCUAAACACUGCAAUAACAAAUAAAAACCAAAGACAGCUGCAGUAAAGGUCUGGCAGAGCAUCAUCGGGGAUGAAACCCAGCAUAUACACCCUAAUCUGAUGGAUUAUAUACUUUAAGCAGGCCCGGGUUCAACAUCAAGGCACAAAUAAUAAGGUUUAUAAUUUCUACACUCUUUACAUGAUUUGGAUUUAAAUGCACUUAAACUAAAGUUGAAAAGCUUUACUUAGAGGUAAUAUUUAAGUCUCACAGCAUUAAUUAAUUUCAUUAAUUAAUUAAUUUUUAAUAAAAGUUUAAUAUACUGUGGUUAAUAA